AUGCAGCCAACGUCUCUCGGCUUGUCUCAGUCCGCUGCUUUAGCACCAACAGCCUCUGGUUUGUUGUCCUUGGGUACACGGUAUACUCCCUCCUCAGCAUCUGCUUUCGGCACCAAUGCAGUACCUAGUGGUGCCACUGGCACCAUAGUUACUCCUACCGGCGCAGGUCUGGUUUCAGCAACUGUCAGUGGCCUUGGUGCUGACCGUGAUCCCAAUUACCGGUUAGCAGCGGCAAUCGCGGGAACUGGCGGUCGGGGUCGUCCAAGGGGUCGGCGUCCAUUGCGAGGACAAUUUCCCGUUGUACCCAUCGACAUGGUCCGUCAAUUGGGGAUUGAACAACAAGUCAUUCUUCAACCUGCUGCACCUGUCGCAAUGCGGAAUAAAGCUGUCCUCUGUCGUCCCUUGUCAGCUUCCCGAAAAACACAGGCCAGCACUGUGCAGUAUGAGGGCGUUGAGCCGGACACUAGCAUGACCACGCAGACUGAAGACUUGGAUGAAUUUCAUACAUCUCGCCCGCAACAACGUAAAGAAGUGAAGUUGAAAGAUGGGAGUACAUUCCACGGCGACGAUGCUGAAGAUGAAGAAAUGCCAACUGACACGGGUGAAGCAGUAGCUUCCAGGCGCAAAACACUUGAUGCGGAGACAUCAACAGUUAACCAUAUUUUCUGUGUGGAUAAUGACUCACAAACAGACGAAUCUGAGCCUGCCGAACCGCCCGCCACACCCCAAGUGAUACCUAUCCCAAUUCCAGUACCAAUCUAUGUGCCUGUCCCAAUUUGUCUCUACGCUCGUCCAGUUCCAUACCUGCUUCCAUUCCCGCUUCCAUGUAUGGUUCCUCUACCAUUGGACUUGAGCUCAGAAAAAACAUGCAUAGCACCACCUGAAUCUGAAACAGUCUCAGAGGAAACUAAAAAGGAAUUGAGCGCAUCCCCGUACUCCGAAGCUGAUGUUGAUUCUGACACAGAGCUGCCACAAGCUUCAGAAGAGUCGGACUCCUUGGUAAUUGCCGCUGAACCAACAGCGUCGGAACCUGAAACACAGCCGAGAAUCAGCCCCGAAGGUUUGCUGAUUUGUCGGAUUGAAGAAGAGCACUUAUGGGAAGCUCGUCAGUUGGGUGAUCAGAGUCCAGAGAUAUUGCUUUUCACAAUGCUGUAUUUCAACACAAAGCACUUCGGAUUGCGUUUGGGCGCUGCGCAUCGCCAGUUGACCCUGGCUCACUUUCAACUGACCGAUGAAGAAUCACCCAAUACCGCAAUUCUAUGCCACCUUCCCGAUGCGGUCUUCGGUGGAGCGGCCGACGGGACUACUACUCUUCGUGUCGAAAUGAAUAUUGAUUUCCCUGAGCGAUGUCCCGUUGGUUUGUUCAAAGCGUAUCUAUCUAGAUGCCCUCCGAACAUGCUUGCUUCACCUGAGGCUUUUUACUUGAUACCAACGUACCCCCCUGAUGGUUCGUCCAUUUGGUAUUCUACCACGCCUAUGGAUCCGACUGAGUUACAGGUUGUCCUGAAUCGGAUCAAGAUGGUGAAAGAGAUCCAAGAAGCAUUUAUGAACGGUCAGCCCGAAGGAGGAUUCUAG